AUGUGCGAUGCCAACCCUCAUGAGGAGGUUACCCUUCUUCUCAACUCAUUUCCUGUGAAGGCUGGGGCUAGCCCCCUCAGUGAGUUUGAGGACCUUGGACUGGGACUAGAUACCCCAGCAACUAGGAGGAUCCCCCUGGCCUCAACACCUGUGGCAAAGCUACCAGAUACCCCACAUCCAUAG